AUGGUCAGCUUUGUUCUGCAGAGAAUGAGUGAUUUGCUGUGCAGCACAGCCUCAGUGGAAACAAAAAUGGAGGAACUGCAGAAGGCAGCCGACAAUUUAUCUGCCAACUUCGAUCGCAGCAGGAACAAACAAGCAACUCUGGCACAGAUGCCCAAGACAAUCAGCAAAGUGCAUCAGGAACGACUGGCUUCCAGAGAACAUCUACAAGCCGUGGUGCGCAUGACGAAUUUGUUGUCUGUGGAAUUGGUGAGGCCACAUGUUGGUUUGAAAGGUGCCGAUCCCUCGAACAAGCUCGCCCGCCUGACUUACGGAAAGUACUCUUUCUUGUGCCACACUGAAACGGGACGAGCAGAGUGGGAGCAGAUCUCGACGGACAUCAUGCGCUUAGUCUUGCAGGCAGACCAAGGCGGUCCCCUUUACGCUGCCUACCAAUUCCUUGCUGGCAAGGGAUAUCCUGUCGCCUUCUCUCGCGAUGAGGUGAUGUCAGGUGCUGACAGGCUGGUUAAUGAAAGCCCGCCGGAGUCCGUGGCGGACAGGCCGGACAGGAACGGGUUCAAAGUGGAAGAGGACGCCUCUCUGAACUUCGACCGCGUCGUUGCUGUUCUACACAAAGUGUGCAAGAAGAUUGGCGACAAGGACCCCUACAUGAACAGAAACGAUGGUGCAGCUGGGCCUUCUGCGCGAAUAUUUUCGGUCGGUCGCAAUCCAUUUGUGCAAUGCGGAAAAGGAGAAGGAGGGGAAGACUACGAGAAGGUGGUGGACCUCUGCAUGAAGGCUCGUACCCCUCGUUCUAGAUUGAUUUUCCUGUCCUGUAUUCCUGAAGCAAGGCCUUACUGGACGAGGAAGCUCAUCGACUUUUCAGUUCCUUGA